AAGGGCGUAGUUCUGGGCGCGGGUAUAUCUCAGCACGACUUUGUAAUACGCCUCCGAAGCUGAAGCCAUCCUGUCCCCUCAACACACCAAACCUCAUCAAGCACUCACUUCCAUCCUUCCCGUACCAGUGAUCCAUUAACUUGGAUUGCUUGGCUAAUCGAUUGGAUUCUCAAGAAGCUUUUAGUGCUACAGUCUGAUACCGAAUCUAUCUGUUGGGCAAGAUGGCUGACGAUUACAGCGACCCAUAUGGCUAUGACGAGGCUUCCGAGAUCACGGCCGAGGAUUGCUGGACUGUAAUUUCUUCUUUCUUCAAUGAGAAAGGCCUCGUAUCUCAGCAGCUCGAAUCGUUCGAUGAGUUUAUUCAAACCACCAUUCAGGAGCUAGUCAUCGAAGAACCGACGCUCACGCUCGAUCAACCUGCGCAACACACGGGUCCAGAUGGUGACAUCAACAGACGCUAUGAAAUCACAUUUGGCAAAAUUUAUCUGUCGCGGCCGACGAUGACCGAAGCAGAUGGCAGCACUCACCCCAUGUUUCCUCAAGAAGCUCGAUUGCGGAAUUUGACAUACUCAUCGCCACUCUAUGUUGAGAUGACCAAAAGAUCGCUAGUUUCGCGCGAUGGUGAUUUGGCGCCGGGUCAGGAAGUUGUUUGGGAGGCAGAGACCGAAGAUAUUGCCGAAGAGGGCGACAAUAAGGUCUUCAUUGGUAAAGUGCCGAUGAUGCUGAGAUCCCAGUUUUGCAUGCUCAGAUGGCUGAAGGAGCAUGAGUUUUACGAUGUCAACGAGUGUCCGUAUGAUCAGGGUGGAUAUUUCAUCAUCAAUGGAUCAGAGAAAGUCUUGAUUGCGCAAGAGCGAAGUGCUGCGAACAUUGUGCAGGUUUUCAAGAAACCCGCCCCGUCUCCAGUAUCAUAUCUCGCCGAGAUUCGGUCCGCCAUUGAGAAAGGGUCCCGCUUGAUCAGUAGCAUGCAGAUUAAACUCUAUGCUAAGGGAGGAAUAAAUGGAUCGACGAUCAAGGCUACACUCCCCUAUAUUCGAAAUGAUGUCCCAAUUGUCAUCGUUUUCCGCGCUCUUGGGGUUGUCCCCGAUGGCGACAUUCUCGAGCACAUUUGUUACGACCAAACAGAUUGGCAGAUGCUGGAAAUGUUGAAACCUUGUAUUGAGGAAGCUUUUGUGAUCCAAGACCGAGAAGUGGCUCUCGACUUUAUCGGUCGCCGUGGAACCAUGAUGGGUAUCAACAAGGAGAAGCGUUUGCGCUAUGCGCGUGAUAUCAUGCAAAGAGAGUUGCUGCCUCAUAUUACUCAAAGUGAAGGCUAUGAGACAAGAAAAGCCUUCUUCUUGGGAUAUAUGGUUCACAAAAUGCUUCAGUGUGCUCUCGAACGCCGUGAGCUUGAUGAUCGUGAUCAUUUUGGAAAGAAACGCCUUGAUCUUGCUGGUCCUCUUCUUGCCAACCUGUUCCGCAUUCUUUUCAAGAAACUGACGCGUGACGUUUAUAAGUACAUGCAGAAGUGCGUUGAGACAAACAGAGACUUCAACCUGACUCUGGCAGUGAAGCCAAAUACCAUCACAAACGGCUUGAGAUAUUCUUUGGCUACUGGCAACUGGGGUGAGCAGAAGAAGGCGAUGUCUUCUCGUGCCGGUGUCUCGCAGGUUUUGAACAGAUACACAUUUUCGUCGACGCUGUCUCAUUUGCGACGUACAAACACACCUAUUGGUCGUGACGGAAAAAUUGCAAAGCCUCGACAGCUUCAUAAUACACACUGGGGUCUUGUCUGCCCUGCAGAGACACCUGAGGGACAGGCAUGUGGCUUGGUGAAGAACUUAUCUCUUAUGACGUGUAUAUCUGUCGGUACUCCGUCGCAGCCCAUUCUUUUCUUCCUUGAAGAGUGGGGUAUGGAGUCUCUCGAAGAUUACGUCCCUCAUCUCAACCCCAAUGCCACCAGAGUUUUUGUGAAUGGUGUGUGGAUCGGUACUCAUCGUGAGCCAGCACAGCUUGCCGAGACUAUCCGAUCUCUGCGCCGACAUGCCAAUAUCUCCUCCGAGGUUAGCAUCGUUCGGGAUAUCAGAGAGAAGGAGUUCAAGAUUUUCACAGAUGCUGGACGUGUCUAUCGCCCUCUAUUCGUUGUGGAUAACGAGUCAGGAAGCCUUAGAAAUGGUGACUUGGUACUACGCAAAGAACACAUCAACCGUCUACUGGAAGACUUUGACUCGACAGAAGAAGAUCGCUAUGGAUGGAACUCGCUCGUGAAUGAGGGAGUUGUGGAAUAUAUUGACGCCGACGAAGAAGAGACGGUAAUGAUUGCUAUGACUCCUGAAGAUCUCGAGCUUUCGCGCCAGAUGACCGACGGAGCACCUGCAUCCGAAAAUCUAGAUCCCUCUCAUCGAGUCAAGUCCGCAGCUGGGGCUCAUACAUGGACACAUUGUGAAAUUCAUCCUAGCAUGAUUCUUGGAAUUUGCGCCAGUAUCAUCCCUUUCCCAGAUCACAAUCAGUCACCGCGAAACACUUACCAGUCUGCUAUGGGUAAGCAAGCUAUGGGUGUCUAUCUUACGAAUUAUGGUGUGCGAAUGGAUACUAUGGCAAACAUUCUGUACUAUCCACAGAAGCCUCUGGCUACUACGCGAUCAAUGGAGUACAUGAAAUUCCGUGAGCUUCCCGCGGGUCAGAACGCUAUUGUCGCCAUCUUGUGCUAUAGUGGAUACAAUCAGGAAGAUUCGGUCAUUAUGAACCAGAGCAGUAUUGAUCGUGGAUUGUUCAGAAGUUUAUUCUUCCGUUCAUACAUGGAUCAGGAGAAGCGAGUGGGUAUGGCCGUUGUUGAGGAGUUUGAAAAGCCGAUUCGGGGAAACACUCUCCGAAUGAAGCAUGGUACCUACGAUAAGCUGGAUGACGACGGACUGAUUGCUCCUGGUGUUCGCGUUUCUGGCGAAGAUAUUAUUAUCGGAAAGACUGCUCCAAUUCCUCCCGAGACCGAAGAGCUUGGACAGCGUACGCAAUUCCAUACAAAGCGAGAUGUGUCCACUCCCUUGCGAAGCACCGAAAGUGGAAUUGUCGACCAGGUUCUUUUGACUACAAAUGGUGAGGGUCUCCGAUUCGUCAAGAUCAGAAUGCGUACGACCAAGAUUCCUCAGAUUGGCGACAAGUUUGCUUCCCGUCACGGACAGAAAGGUACUAUCGGAGUGACGUAUAAAAAUGAGGAUAUGCCAUUUACCGCGGAAGGCGUUGUUCCGGAUAUCAUCAUCAACCCGCACGCUAUUCCUUCGCGUAUGACGGUAGCGCAUUUGAUCGAGUGUCUACUGAGCAAGGUUUCGUCGCUUUCUGGGUUGGAAGGUGAUGCGACGCCGUUCACUGAUGUCACUGUGGACGCAGUCUCCAAACUUUUGAGAGAACACGGGUAUCAUUCGCGAGGUUUUGAGCUUAUGUAUAAUGGCCACACUGGUAAGAAGUUGAUGGCGCAGGUCUUCUUGGGUCCUACUUACUAUCAGCGUCUGCGCCAUAUGGUGGACGAUAAAAUUCAUGCUCGAGCCCGUGGUCCUGUGCAGAUCUUGACGCGCCAGCCUGUCGAGGGUCGCUCGCGAGACGGUGGUCUUCGAUUCGGAGAGAUGGAGCGCGAUUGUAUGAUUGCUCACGGAGCUGCUGCAUUCUUGCGAGAGAGAUUGAUGGAGGCAUCCGAUGCUUUCCGAGUCCAUGUUUGCGGCCUUUGUGGAUUGAUGACUGUCAUUACCAAUCUGAAGGCGAACCAGUUUGAAUGCCGCGCUUGUAAGAACAAGACGAAUAUUUACCAGAUUCACAUUCCUUACGCGGCAAAACUUCUGUUCCAGGAGCUGAUGGCAAUGAACAUUGCUCCUAGAAUGUACCCAGACAGAUCUGGCUUUGCGGCGAGACAGUAGGGCGACCAAAAAAAAUAGUAAUCCCAAAAAUUGAGUUGUACUUCUAUCUUGUUUUUAUUUGUUCUUUUGCUCUUUUUGUCGAUUCAUUUCGUCGCUUUUCUAUCAAAUGAUGUUUGGAUGUAUAGCAUACCGUGUAUAUAAAUAAAGUCUAGCUAGCUGAUUUAUCACAGUACAGUACUCUAUUAUAAAUCUAAGCACAGUCGGUUGAUAUCUAAAAGUUCCGAGGAAGCU